AAGCGAGCUGCACCGGGGAAUCAUGACUUCUGCCGCGGAGAUUAAGAAGCCACCCGUGGCCCCUAAGCCAAAGUUUGUGGUGGCAGCUAAUAAGCCAGCUCCACCUCCUGUGGCACCUAAACCUGAUAGCGUGGUUUCUAGUGUUCCACAGCCAACAAAGAAAACCAAACCAGCAAUAGCUCCAAAACCAAAAGUUCUGAAGGCCUCACCUGUUCAAGACGUCAGGCAGUCACCAUCAAGGAAACUCCUCGUGAACCUGGAAGAGCAGCAACAGGAAUCAUCUGAAAGCACUGACAGCUCUGGCUGCGAAAACCCCGGGCAUCGGAGCAGUGAUUAUAUUUUACCAGUGUAUUCCUGCCGUCCUGAGUGUAACCAUAAACUUGGGAAUAGGGAGACUUUGUGUGUCAAGCAGCUUGUCUUAGGGUCCCUGGAAAUGCACGAACACUUAGAACAUCGUCAGGUUGAUGAGUCUUGUUCAGCUGUGAAGUCUCAGGGUAAAUGUGACGCUCGGGGUGAAAAGGUGAAGAGCCAGAGUGAAGUGAUUUUAAAGGCAAGCAUCCUGGAAGAGAAGCUCAAAGAUGUUUUAACGCAGCGAGCAUCCCCUUUUAUUUUCCCGCAGAAGCAGAGAUCCACAGACAGUCCAGAAAUGAAUGAUGGCUGGAAUUCCACCAGACAGUUCAGAAUCGACUUUGCGGAUUUGUCACCUUCCCUGUCCCGCUUUGGGAAAGUUCCUGAUCACCACCGUUGCCACCUACAGCUUCCUAGCGAUGCGUGUCAGCAUGUUGAAACGAGUCAGAAUGACAGCGAACAAAGCAAUGGUUGUCUUCAUGCAUCUGAACAAGAAGCUCUAGAAAAUGGUAAAAGGAGCACUGUUUUAUCAUCAGGUGGAGAGAGGAAGAAUUCAGAAAUCAGAGACCUUGGUCCCUUGGAAAUUCACUUGGUGCCGUGUACCCCCAAAUUUCCAACUCCUAAGCCCAGAAAGGCACGUGCUGCACGUUUAUUACGCCAGAAACGUAUAGAUGCGUCCAGUGAACAUACUGAAGAACCGGCCACUGUAGACAGUAGCUCUUGUCUUUUCGAAGAUAGUUUGAAAAACAAUACAAUCAGUGUUUCUCAUCAGAAUGUUUUGUGGAACCAGGAACAGGUGGACCAAGCGAAGCCAGGAGAGCAACGUGAAUUGAAUGUGGACUUCGACGGUGAUAGACAAACCUUUGUCAAUUCACAGAAAGCCUUGUGUCCCGAAACAUCUUCCUUUGAAAAGACGGCACCUCCUUUAGGGACAGACUCUAAUUUGAGUUCCGACAACAGGACAGGAGAUGGUUCUAGUGUGUCGCUUGCUGUGGACCAGGGGACCAGUUUUAUAAGAUGCAGUACUCUGUCUAUGAGCCUGCCCAAGCAGCUCAAGUUAGCCUGCAGCGAACAUUUGCCUGCUGCCUGUAACCCGGGAGUGUCUGGCCCCACACUGCAAAAGGAAUCUGUGGUAAAAGAUGAAAGUUCCUCAAGAAUUGUCCCCAAAAAGCCUCAGAGACACAGCUUGCCUGCUGCAGGAGUACUUAAAAAGGCUGCCUCAGAGGAGCUUGCAGAGAAAAGUUCUUACCCCUCAGAUGAAGACAAAAAUUCAAAGAAGGGUCUAGAAAGAAAUCAUCUCUGUGCCCCAAGCCACGGCAUAUCAUCCGCUUCCGAGAUGGCUAAACAGGCUUCAGAGAAGCCCGUGUGGAAGUUACCCCAUCCUAUUAUACCCUUUUCCGGGAGCCCGCAAUCCCUAAAGUCUGCCACCGCCUCCUCGGACGGUGAGCCCACCACCGCCCUGGCCAAGCCAAGAGCCAAAUCAUUAUCCGCUGUGGACAUGGAAAGGUGCACUAAGCCUUGCAAGGACGCUCAGAAGAAGAACUCUUUAAAGAAGUUGCUCGCCCUGAAACUGUCCAUCUGUUUCAUGAAAAGUGACUUCCAGAAAUUUUGGUCCAAGAGUAGCCAACCUGGAGACACAGCCUCAGGCAGCCUUGUGGGAAGGGAGCGGAAAGGGAGCGAAAGUGAUGGGCCCAGCUCGUUGGUAGGAGAAGAGAAGAGAAAUAAACCCACCAAGGCGCACUCGGCGGAUAACCAUGGCCUGGAAUCCCCAAAGAAGAGGAAGACGCCUCGGGGCCAGGCCAGUGGAGCUAACGGACCCCGAGCUGAGUCUCUGGAUGACCAGAUGCUCUCCAGGGAGCCGGCAUCCCAGGCGCCUUGCAAAUCGGUUACAGGUGGCUGUGCACCCGAGUAUGAAAAUAUACGCCAUUAUGAGGAAAUACCAGAAUAUGAGAAUUUGCCGUUUAUUAUGGCUGCGGGGAAAACGUCAGACGUGGCCUGGCAGAAUUCCAGCAGCGUGGAGGACGCCGAUGCAAACGUGUAUGAGGUGGAAGAGCCGUAUGAAGCUUCAGGCGGCCAGCUGCUGCUUGGACGCAGACAUCAGCAUUCCAGCGGUUCUGGAGCCUCCCAGGAGGGACACGAUGAUCUGGACCUGGGUCUCGGUGACCUUCCUUCAGAGGAAGAGGAAGUCAUCAACAGUUCCGAUGAAGAUGACGUCAGCUCUGCCUCUAGUAAAGGGGAGCCUGACCCGCUGGAAGAUAAGCAGGAUGAAGACACUGGGCUGAGAAGUAAAGUCCAUCAUAUUGCCAAGGAGAUCAUGAGCUCAGAGAAAGUGUUUGUGGAUGUGUUAAAACUUCUGCAUAUUGACUUCCGGGAUGCAGUAGCCCAUGCUUCCAGGCAACUUGGGAAACCAGUGAUCGAGGACCGGACCUUAAAUCAGAUCCUGUACUACUUGCCUCAGCUGUAUGAGCUCAAUCGAGAUCUGCUGAAGGAACUGGAGGAAAGAAUGAUGAACUGGACUGAACAACAAAGAAUUGCUGAUAUCUUCGUAAAGAAGGGACCGUAUCUAAAAAUGUAUUCCACAUACAUCAAAGAAUUUGAUAAGAAUAUAGCUCUGCUGGAUGAGCAAUGCAAGAAAAACCCAGGUUUUGCUGCUGUUGUUAAAGAAUUUGAGAUGAGCCCGCGCUGCGCUAAUCUGGCCCUCAAGCACUACCUGCUCAAGCCGGUUCAGAGGAUCCCCCAGUACAGACUGCUGCUGACAGAUUAUUUGAAAAAUCUCUUAGAAGACUCUGGAGAUUACAGAGAUACCCAAGAUGCCCUUGCUGUGGUUAUCGAGGUGGCCAACCAUGCCAACGACACCAUGAAACAAGGAGACAACUUUCAGAAACUGAUGCAAAUUCAGUACAGCUUAAAUGGACACCACGAAAUAGUUCAGCCUGGGCGGGUUUUUCUCAAAGAAGGAACCCUGAUGAAGCUGUCUCGGAAAGUCAUGCAGCCCCGAAUGUUUUUCCUGUUUAACGAUGCCCUGUUGUAUACCACACCGGUGCAGUCUGGCAUGUAUAAACUGAACAACAUGCUCUCAUUGGCUGGAAUGAAGGUCAGAAAACCCACCCAAGAAGCAUAUCAGAAUGAAUUAAAGAUUGAAAGCGUAGAACGUUCCUUCAUCCUGUCAGCCAGUUCUGCCCCAGAAAGGGAUGAAUGGUUAGAAGCGAUUUCCAGGUCAAUAGAAGAGUAUGCCAAGAAAAGAAUCACAUUCUGUCCUAGUAGGAGUCUUGAUGAGGCAGACUCAGAAAAUAAAGACGAGGUGAGUCCUCUGGGAUCCAAGGCUCCCAUCUGGAUUCCAGAUACCAGAGCCACCAUGUGUAUGAUCUGCACAAGCGAAUUUACCCUGACCUGGAGACGACAUCACUGCCGGGCCUGCGGAAAGAUCGUCUGCCAAGCUUGUUCGUCAAAUAAGUAUGGCUUAGAUUACCUGAAAAAUCAACCAGCAAGAGUAUGUGAACAUUGUUACCAAGAACUGCAGAAAUUAGACCACCAGCACGCCCCAAAGAUCGGAUCUCCUGGAAAUCACAAAUCUCCAUCCAGCACCUUAUCCUCAGUCCUGCAUAGUAUUCCAUCAGGGAGGAAACAGAAGAAGAUCCCAGCUGCUCUUAAAGAAGUAUCAGCAAACACAGAAGAUUCUUCUAUGAGUGGCUACUUGUACAGAUCAAAGGGCAAUAAAAAACCUUGGAAACACUUGUGGUUUGUCAUAAAAAAUAAAGUGCUGUAUACAUAUGCUGCAAGUGAGGAUGUGGCCGCUUUGGAGAGUCAGCCUUUACUCGGAUUCACGGUCACUCAAGUCAAAGAUGAGAAUUCAGAGUCUCGAGUCUUUCAGUUACUGCACAAAAACAUGUUAUUUUAUGUAUUCAAAGCCGAUGAUGCGCACUCCGCUCACAAGUGGAUAGAAGCAUUUCAGGAAGGCACGAUAUUGUAGCUGUGUUGGUUUCAUCUCUUGUGUGAUUCCAAAGGGUGGACUUUCAUCAGAAUAAAUACAGUACAAAAAUUUUAUAUAAAUGAACACUGCCAAGAUAAAUCCAAAAUCUUCAUCAAAGAAAUUAUUUUGUUAGGUAUAUGGUAAUUUUUUAAAUGUUUGUUUUUAUGUAUGUUAUUUAUUAAAAUUUUGAUGUUUACUUAAUGGUCAGAAUUGUUUCUGAGACUCACACUGAAUUCUAAAGUAACUUUUCUUUAGAAACCAGAAAAGUUAUCUUAAUACUGUAUAUUGUAUUAACUUUGUGACACAGUCCAUACUGCUUUCUCAAUGUGUUUUACAGCUGUUACUUUGUAACAUUCUCACUAGUGAUAAGACUUUGUAAAUAAAAAACACACAUCAAGGAGCAAAGUUCCAUGCAGUGUUUGGUUCGGAAAUUAUGACUUAAUGAAAGUGCUGAAAAAAAAAAAAUGCAUGUCUUUGAAUCAGUAAAUUUAGAUGAAUUUUUGUAUCUUUUAAUGGGAAAACACAUGGCCAGUUUCUACCUCAGUAACUGUGAAAUGAAAUUCCAGUAAAUUAUCUAAAGUAUUUCUAGUGUUAUGUACCUCUUUUGGAAUGCGAUAACAGAAUCUGAAUUUUUAUUUAAUUGGACUAUGAGUAGGAAAAAGGAUAUUUUCGUUUGCAAGGGAACACAAAUAAUCAACUCUCUGGCCUUUACAUUAUGUCUAAGCUUUUUUUAAAAAUUACCAUUUUAGGGAGUUCCCAUCGUGGUACAUUGGAAACGAAUCCGACUAGGAACCACGAGGUGGCAGGUUCGAUCUCUGGCCUCGCUCAGUGGGUUACGGAUCCAGUGUUGCCGUGAGCUGUGGUGUAGGUCGCAGACACGGCUCGGGUCUGGCAUUGCUGUGUCUGUGGUGCAGGCCGGCAGCUGUAGCUCCGAUUGGACCCCUAGCCUGGGAACCUCCAUAUGCCAUGGGUGCGGCCCUAAAAAGACAAAAAAAUUAAAAAAAUAAAAACUACCAUUUUAACACAAACAUAAAUGUAUUAUUUCUUUUAAAAGCAAAAUAUGGCAAGCACUGUAUUACAUAAUGUCCCUUGCUAUUGUAAGAGUUCUGACCACAAGUUAGUGGUGAUAUUUGUAUCUAAAAAGAGGGCUAUAUUUCCUAUGAUACUGUGAUUUUAAAAAUGAACUAGACUACCAUAUCAACAAAAGCACAGAUUCUAAGCCAGUAUUAGGUGAAAUUGUAUAGUAUUCACUUUUAAAGUUUUUUUUUUUUUUUAUGCCACUUUAUGUUAUGUCCUCCUUGGUAAUUUUAAAAAAUAUAUAUUUUUCUUUAA